AUGGCUGCUAACUGCGCCAAACGAGAUGCAUUUUUGCGCUUGAAUUUCAUUUUUCAGGCUGCUCACACUAUGUUGAAACAAACACCAAAAAACGACAAUUUGAUUAAAUUUUAUGGAGAUUUAUUUAAAAGCAUCUCAAAAAAGAAUGUAAUUAAAAUACAUCCAGAAAUAAAGCGCCAAUUCUGCAAGAAGUGUUCUAUGUUACUGAUCCCAGGAUUAUCAUGCUCCACUCGCAUACAAAAAUUAAAAAAGCAUAAACAAAAAGUUCAAGUGGUUGAAUGUUUGAGUUGCAAGACCACCAAAAACUUUAUUGUCAAUCCGUAUCAUCAAUUGUGGAUU